CAUCUUCUUCCAUUUCGUCGCGGCGGCAAGGAGAAACCCUAAAGUAAAACAAUGGCGACUCAACCAGCAGUUGAAUCUGUGCAAUGCUUCGGAAGGAAGAAGACCGCGGUGGCUGUAACUCACUGCAAGCGUGGAUCUGGUAUGAUCAAGCUCAAUGGUUGCCCAAUCGAGCUAUUCCAGCCUGAGAUCUUACGAUUCAAGGUGUUCGAGCCAGUGCUUCUCCUCGGAAAGCACCGAUUCGCCGGUGUGGAUAUGAGGAUCCGUGUAAACGGUGGUGGUCACACUUCUCAGGUGUACGCUAUUCGUCAGAGUAUUGCCAAGGCGCUUGUUGCGUUUUACCAGAAGUAUGUGGAUGAGCAGUCGAAGAAGGAGAUUAAGGAUAUCUUGGUGAGGUAUGAUAGGACUCUCCUUGUUGCUGAUCCGAGGAGGUGUGAGCCUAAGAAGUUUGGUGGUCGUGGUGCUCGUUCUCGUUUCCAGAAGAGUUACCGUUAAAUUAAAAAAAACAAAGCUGGUUUGUUUUUGUUUUUGUUUUUUCAAUGGAAUUGUGAGAAGACUGUUAGAUUUAUAAUUUCAUUAUCCAAGAAACAUCUUAUGUUUUGUUGUUAUGUUUACUCGAUUUUGAUUAUCUUAAAGUUGUGAUUUUUAUUUGCUA